AUGAACUCAUCCGAAGAGAACCAAUUCAUCGGAAACGCUGGAACAUUGAAGAGCAACAAGGAAGAACUUCGCCUUCACUUGUCGGAGAGUGAUGAUUCGUUCAGCAACCGUAACAUCAUCAGACGUGCCAAGCUGAUGAACAGCUCGCACUUCGUAUGCAUCGUUAUGACUGCCACUCUUCUCGUCACCGUCUGCGGAAUCGUCUUGCUUGUUCAAAUCAUUGAGCGUUCUCGUCAAUAA